CCUAUCGUCAUAGGUAGCUCAACACAUCACUGCACUCUUGUUUAUCUCAAAGCCACAAAAAUGCAGUCUGCUACGAUGCGCACUUCUGCCUUCCGGCCCGCGGCUGUGAGCCGUCGCAGCGCUGUUACCGUGCGCGCUGUGCAGGAGGUUAAGGGUGUGGUGGUCAGCACCAAGAUGAACAAGACUGUGGUGGUGGAGGCUGAGCGCCUGGCCACCGAUGUCACUUACCAGAAGCGCAAGAAGGUCACCAAGCGCUACAUGGCUCACGACGAGUCUGGUGCUCUGCGCGUUGGCGACUUUGUGCGCCUGGACGGCACCCGCCCCCUGAGCAAGACCAAGCGCUUCUCGGUCACCGAGGUGCUGCGCAAGGCGGAUUAAGCGCUUCUGGCGGCGUCGUUGGAGCCAUACAGUUAUCCAAAUGUUGGUUUGGUAGCAGUCGCCAGCGCUGGCGCUCGUGGCGAGCAGCGGAGGCGCGGCAAUUUGUGGUGGCCACCAGCCGACACCGCUUGGCGGUCGGUCUGGAGCAGCCGUGGUGCUGCAAAGGCGUGAUGGCAGGAGCUGGUAUUGGAGCAGACCGGGGGGACACGGCUGCAAGCCGAGCUGCAAGCUGAGCAGCGAAUUUUGGGGAGCAUUUUCCAGUUGCUCGUCGCUGCAAGCAGCCGGCUGAUAUGGACAUGAUGUCUUGUGGCAAGGAGGAGGCGGCACGGGUUGGGUCUUAGUACCAUGGGGCCGGAAGGCCAGCCGAAAAGGGGAACUAGUUUUAGAAGAAGGGGACACGGCACGCGUGUCGAUGGUGUGAGGAGCGGGGGCGUCAAGUGCUGACCACCCCGGCACCCGAGGCGAGUGUAAGGAA